UAAACACUUCACACAACCACGUAUCUACAGUGCUGUUCAUAAACAGCAGCAGCAGCCCACCUUCUCCAUCCCCCCCUUUUCUCUCUCUCCCUCCUCUCUGUCCUGCUGCUCUGUCUGAGCCAUUCACGCAAAGCACCACAGGAUUAUCCCUCACUCAUUGAGAAACACACACAUACACACAGUCCUUUACUGCACGGUGCUCCAGGCAGGAAGAUCUCAGAUCACAGAUCAUCUUCCCCUGCUCUUUACGCCGAUGCUCCGUCAGUCAGAGAGGACGCAAAAAUAAACGAACGGGAGGGGAGAAGAGGAGGCGAGGAGGAGAGGGGCUCACUGCUGGAGGAGCCCACGUGUCUCUUUUCUCCUAGCUGCAGCCUUAGCCGCUGUUAAUGGAGGACUGGGGUGCAUGAGGAGUGUUACUCUGCUGCAGACCGCCACAGCCUGAAGCCAUCCUGCCAAAUCUGGGACCAUGUCCGGAGCCUACGACGAGUCCGCCAGCCAGGAGGAGACCACAGACAGUUUCUGGGAGGUUGGGAACUACAAACGUACGGUGAAGCGGAUUGACGAUGGUCACCGGCUCUGCAAUGACCUGAUGAACUGCAUCCAGGAGCGUGCCAAAAUCGAGAAAGCCUACGCACAGCAACUGACCGAGUGGUCCAAGAGAUGGAGGCAGCUGGUAGACAAAGGGCCUCAGUACGGCACAGUAGAGCGAGCUUGGAUGGCGGUGAUGACGGAGGCGGAGAAGGUGAGCGAGCUUCACCAGGAAGUGAAAAACAACCUGAUCAACGAGGACUUUGAGAAGGUGAAGAACUGGCAGAAAGACUCGUACCACAAACAGAUGAUGGGAGGAUUCAAGGAAACCAAAGAGGCAGACGAGGGCUUCAAGAAGGCCCAGAAACCCUGGGCCAAAAAGCUAAAAGAGCUCGAGGCUGCCAAGAAGUCCUUCCACAUGGCCUGCAAAGAGGAGAAGCUGGCGUCCACCAGAGAGGCCAACAGUAAGGGAGAGGCCUCUGUGACAGCUGACCAGCAGAAGAAACUCCAUGAGAAAGUGGACAAGUGCAAACAGGACUCCCAGAGGGCCAAGGAGAAGUAUGAGAAGGCUCUGGAUGAGCUGAGUAAGUGCACGCCACAGUACAUGGAAAACAUGGGGCAGGUGUUCGAUCAGUGCCAGCAGUUCGAAGAGAAAAGGCUGAGCUUCCUCAGGGAGGUACUGUUGGACAUCAAACGCCACCUCAACCUCACAGAAGACCAAAGUUAUGCUAUAGUGUACGGAGAACUUGAACACACCAUCACAUCAGCGAGCGCGCAGGAAGAUCUGAAGUGGUUCAGCAACACCCACGGCCCUGGCAUGCAUAUGAACUGGCCACAGUUUGAGGAAUACAACCCAGACUUUACCCAUAACAUCUCUAAGAAAGAAAAAUCAAAGAAAGGCAAUGAUGGAGUCAUGCUGACUAACGUCACAACAGUAGUAGACCACGCUCAAGCUGGAGACCGGGGAAGUGUCAGCAGCUACGAGAAGAACCAGGCGUACACGGCCUCCACAGAGUGGUCAGAUGAGGACCAGACAGCUCCGAACUCAGGCAACGACACCAAUGGAGGGGCAAACCCCUUUGACGAAGAUGUGGGUAAAAGUGUGAGAGUGAGAGCGCUGUACGACUAUGACGGCCAAGAGCAGGACGAGCUCAGCUUCAGAGCAGGGGAUGAGCUAACGAAACUGGAGGAUGAGGAUGAACAGGGCUGGUGUAAAGGUCGUCUAGACAACGGCCAGCUGGGUCUUUACCCGGCCAAUUACGUGGAGCUGAUCUAACUGUUCCAGCUUAGGACGCUAGUAUUGUCAGAAGGCAAACCCAGACUGAACCGUCCAGUCAUAACUGCACAUUGCCAGAGACUUGAAAACAAAGCUUCCUCUUCCUGUCAGGCACAGUGAAUUGUCUUCAUCUCAGCACUCAUCACAGAGAAGACUUUACUGAAUCUGUUCAGGAUCACAACAUCUCCAAAUACUGCAACCGAAGGAAAAUAUUUUAGUCUCUUUUGUGUGUAGCUGUGUUUGAUUUCAGACGUGAUGCUAACAUGCCAUACAGUAUGUUCUCUCAUCAUAAUAGUGAUAUGGUAUCGUCAGUUGUGCCUGGAUAGCAAGAAUGAGCUAUGCAUUGUGCAUUUCAUGUAUAUAUUUUAAUCUCUUUUUUUUUUAAGUCCAGAUGCUUGUACAGUUUUUUUUUCCUCAUUGAAUACAGUGUUUUCUUUUCUUUGUGAGAUAUUUACAUGUUUAGCAUUACAGGAAAAGUUCGACAUUUUGGGAAAAUGCACUUAUUCACUUUCUUCCUGAGAGUUAGAUGAGAAGAUCCAUACCACUCUCAUGUUUGUACAGUAAAUGUGAAGCUACAGCUAGGACUAGGUUAGCUUAGCUUAGCAUAAAACAGAAGGAAACAGCAGUCUGGCUCUGUCUGAAGGUAACAAAGUCUGCCUACUAGCACCUCUAAAGCUCACUAAUUAACAAGUUAUAUCUCCUUUGUUUAAUCCAGAGAGAAAGAGGCAAGGCAAAGAUACUGCGAGAUACUGAUGAUUUACUUAGACUGGCUCAAGUGACUCACUGCGGCCUCAGUGUAUGAUUUCUGAAGAAGUGUUAGCUAAUGACAGCAUAUGAACCUACGCUUCAAACGGAGAGAGGAGGUGAACCUGAAGGCAACUGAGGCCUCAUAAUGAGUUGCAAAGCGCACUGCAAAGGCAGGAAAGGCCCAUGCUAGCGUGAAAACAUUCACAUAGACAUUCAUAAUGUAAGGUUAAGGUUUAAAAUAUAGUAAAGAUACUAAAAGUAAAGUGUGGUGGGUGGCGGUUGGGCACAGUUGUCUCAAUUAUGUUACUCAGUACAAAACAGAGCCAGGCUAGCUUCUUUCCCCCUUCUUUGUGUCUUUAUGCUAAGCUAACCAGCUGCUGGCUCUAGCUUCAUAUUUAGUGUACAGACUUGAGAGUGGAAUAGAUCUUCUCAUCUAAUGCUCUGCAGGAAAGCAAAUAAGCUUAUUUCCCAAAAUGUCCAACUAUUACUUUAAUGCAUUUAGUUGUUUUCCUGCUGCACUCCACAGCAUGUCACUGAAUUAGCAUUUUGAAACGAGAUAAAAGUCACUCAGCAGAGCUUCUCCUUGAAAUGGAUAUAUGUACUCUAUCAAAAGGAUUGUUUACAUUAACCGCCGCUGUCCCACCCAUCUCUAACAAGGUGCCUGAUAUAACUAUUACCUGUCAUUUAAUUUCUUCACCUGUUUUGUCUUUACAUGCAGACUGUGUUAAUAAUGCAGGCAUCAUGAACAAAACCUGCCUGGAAAUACAAACUCGCGGCUGUUUUGUACGGCGAUUUGCUUUCACAACCAAGGUUUUAAGGUGUUUAUUUCUGCAGUUAAUGAGACUUGUUUACUAUGUCAGUGACUUGGCAUUAUCAGCUUCCAGCUCUUAUCUCUGUGAUUAUGUGCAUGCUGAUGCUCCCACACACUGUUUACCGCUCUGAUCUGAACCGAUCCAGUGCAUGGCCUCAAUUUGUUUCCACCAAAUUAUUGACAGUUUCUUCUUCAAGUUAAAACUCUUAUCAGGAUGAUGAUGACGCUGUUGAUUUGCAUUGUGUAACAUAGUCAGUCCUGAUUUGUCUAUUUCACUGUGUACCAAAAUACAAGCUGUAUUAAAUAUCGGCUGUAUGCGUUUUUAUAGUUAAAUAUUUCUUGUUUUAAUCAGAAAAUCUAAAUCAAACUUUAUACAAACAAAGAUGGCAGUACAGUACAUGUUAUAUGAGAUUGGUUUGUUACACCUGGUAACCACAGGUGUUGGUGAAAACUACACCCUUGACAGUGAGGAAGAUGGGUGUUGUCUUACUGACGCAGACAGAGAAAGCUGCAACGAGCACUGCACAAAAAAAGCAGAAAGAGGAUCCGUCUCUGAAAUAUUGAUGAGACAAUUGCCUUUCAUGCUGCAAGAAAGAAGUUCCUUUUUAAAAGAUCCAGGAGGGGAAAUGUCUCUUGUACUGAGAUUAUGCUUCUGUAUGCUUUUUAAAAAGUGUUGCUCCUUGUAAGCACUGGAUUCAGAGGGGUGAAAUAAAUAUUGCCUUACCAUAAUUUGCCACACCUGCCACUGCAAAGACUCUCUCAACCUUCGCGUUCAACUAAGUGAAAAAGAGUUUCCACAGAAUCUGACUCAUGUUUGUCCAGCUCAGUUUACACUGACACGACACACCUCUUUGUCUGAUUGAAGAUGAUUUUAAUUUAAACACUUAACUGUCUUAACGUACUUUUAACUGUAUUUGAAACAGAAUGGGACUGUUAACUAAGUGUACUGUAAAAGUGUGUAAAAGCAGAUGUGUACAGCUACAACAUCCACUGUGAAACUCCUGUGAUACACUGAAGGACGGUAAAUCAUAUUUAAAAGAAAAAUACUCAAAUGCUCCUUUCUUUUCUGUCUGUUGCUCAUGCUGGAAACAUUGAUCUGCAAUGUUGAGGAAAACUUUUAGAGGACUAGAGGGCUUUCUCUUCUUUUUAGCAUAGUGCUGUAAUUUCCAAACUGUAGUGCCUGUUCAUUCUGCAUAAGCAAAAAUAAAAGAUGUCAUCUGAAAA